AAAACCGACCUAAAGAGCCGCAGCUUUUGAUGAAUUGUUGGAAUUGAUGUGUUCUUAAUUUCUGGACGUUGUUAUGGCAUUUUUGUUGCUCUGGGCCAUAAAUUUCGGAUCAAUUUUGGCAGAGUCAUCUGUAAAAACAAACUUCAUUGGUUCGGUAGCCGUAUGGCCUAAAGCACAAUUCCCUGUUGAAUUGGGACAAACUGUAACUUGGGUGUUCAGUCCACUAGGAGGUGUUGAAUAUGAUGUAAACUCAGCUCUUAGCUUUGAUGUCAAUGGUCAAAGAGCGUAUCGUGUCCAAAAGGACAAGUGUGGUGGCCCUCUGGAAAAGUACUUUUCAUGCAUUUAUAAACCUAAAAAUGAAAUAUCUGUUACUUUCACACCGGAGGCAUCACAUUACGGCCAAUUACUGGAGAUUUUUUAUUAUAAGGAUAUGUACUCAUUAUGGCUUGCAGAUACAUCCGCAAUUUUCUCCGAAACCAUUCAGUUAAUCAAACAACCCACCUUUGUCAAGAUGUCAAUGGAGUUGAAGGAAGCCUCUCGUUAUAUACAUAGUGUACCAACUAAUCUUCGUUUGGAUCCCCCGAUAUUUCUUACGGGCUCUAACGUCCGAAUCGAUUGUUCAACUGAUGGAUCAUUGCCUCCAGCUCCGAUUAGUUUCAGUAUUGAAUGCCCUCCUCCACCAACAGCUGUUGUUGAACAUGAUCGAGUUACUCAAGCUAAACAAAAUUUAGCCUAUGAAGUUUUCUAUUCAGCAUAUGGAUUUCGUUCGCCACCAACUUUAGCUGAUUUAGCUCCCUAUGUUGCCCGAAAACAUGCUGAUCAAUUGUUGCGUCUCGGUCAUGUAUCAACUAGUAAAGAUAAUUUAACUCUCAAAGCCCGUCUUACUAUCAACGAAAAAGCGCAUGAUUGUCAUGUUGUUUGUCGCUUAGGCGGAAAAGAAACUCGUCGCAGACUAACAGUUUAUUAUCCAACAACUAUAUCUUAUUUGCUACCACGCCCUCGUGAAGGUUUCAUCUAUGUUGGCUCUGAUAUAACAUGUUAUGCAGAUGGUCACCCACCUCCAAUGCUUUCUCUCCGUCUUACACAACCAUUGCGUCCACCCAACCCACUUACUGCUGAAGAAAUUGAUGCCUUACGUCAAGGUGGUCGGUUACCUCCUUUACUUGAGGACGAUCCGAUAACCAGAGAGCUAACUCUUAAUAAUGCAGGAUUGGAUAUUGCUCCACAACAGAUGAUACCUUCUCCUCCUGGGACGGAAGACAAAGAAAGUUCUUCUGUUGCAUCUUCUGGUACACUUCAUCAAGUUCCAGUUAGUUCAGAUGAUAAAUGGCUUAAUGGGAAUGGAAAAGAACCUUACGAGCGGGCACAUCGUGUUCCUGGACUUGGUUUGUCUACAGUUGAAAGACAUCGUCAAUUAGGUCUUCGACCUAAUGAAUAUACUAUACAGGGAGCAACAUUCUAUUUAGCUCCAAAUGCUACUCCAGGUGUAGAACUUGUUUUAAGCUGCACUGCACGAAAUGUACUUCCAGGUGAUACUACGUUCUUGGGACUGAAUGGAACAAUUACUCGAACUAGAUUUGUAGUAGCUGUUUUAUCACCAACUAGUUGGGCAGUAGCACUUGGAAUAUGCUUUUGUGUCCUACUCUUACUACUGAUUAUAUUCGGUGUCAUGUUGUUACAGAAAAGACAUCAAAAUCAAGCAAAUAGAAAUAUGCGAAGUGUACCGAAUGGAGCUAAAAAACCGAAAGGCUAUUCAAAAGAUAUGACUGCCAAAUUCAUCAUUCAACCGUAUAAUGAUCAUAAUCAGCAACAGCAGCAGCAACAACAAGAAGAGAUUUUACGCAUUACUCAGUGUUAAACUUCUUUUAUUCUCCAUUUCGUUUUUAUAAUCCCUACAUUUUUCUUUUCCGUUUCACUCCUCAUUUUUUUUGACAAUUUAUGUGCGUAGUUUAUUCGCAGUGGUUAAGCACUAUUUCUCUGAAGCUGAACAGUGUAAUUGUACAUUAAACAAAAAGUCAUUUGAGUAUGACAACAACAAAAAAGAAACAUGUAUUAGCAAAUAAAAAAAUAUCUAGGUUUCUUUUUAAUUUCGAAAUAAUAAUAAUAAUAUUGUAUAGUUCGCUUAAAUCUGCAGUCUGUGUAUAAAUCAGCGAGCGAUCUUUGCUAGUUGUAAUAGUACACUCAGCGAAUUCAAUCUCAGGACACAUACACUCACAGAAAGUAUUGUAAAUUAAUAGAAUAAUGUAUAUGUUUUUAUUUGUUUCCGUGUACAUGGAGUUAGUUCUGCAUUAUUGACUUUGUUCUUGUUUUAUUUCACAUCUCUUCUUUUUGUUCUACAUACAUUUUUACCGGUAUUUGAUGCGUGUUGAAAUUUCGAUCAGCAUCCUCCUCACUAUUAUGUCAUCAUUAGCUAGCUAGGUGUGUUUAUCACAUAUACCUAUUUCUGCUUUCCUUUUCUCUUACUGUGUUUCCAUUUUUUUGGAAUUCACGUCUUGAGGAGUGAUUUAUAUGUGGUUGAAUAUGUAUGUAGUGCAUAUGACCAGAGUGUGACCGAUAUAGCUUUUCUCUUGUUGCUAUUGCUGUUGCUCCUUCUUUUUGUCUUCCCCUGUACUUACUACUAAUCCUCCUCCUGUCACUGCUAUCACCUCGUGUUCCACUGCAAUCACUAUGUCUACCUAAUUUAUAGGAGCAACCACGAGGUGGUGCAAUGUCCUUUGCUGCACCAACACCACUACAGAGUAAUGUGACAAGCACUACGGUUGGGACAGUAUCUAAUCUACCGAAUAAUAUUUACAAAGAUGAUACUGAUUAUACAUACGAUUUAGUCUAUGCCCAGUCACCGAAUGAAUUGCCCGGAAGUGGAGAUCCAAUCCCCGAUGGUAAUAAUUUACAAUAUAUGGAACUGUCAUUUGAUCAUGUUCGUCCUGGUCAGAAUGCUGCUACACUGGGUCCAAGGAAAGGAGGACGUGUUGGUACUUCACUAUCUGGUGGCGGUGUAGGCACCUCGUCAAUGACUCUUUUCGGCACUGGUACACAGUCAGCUGGAUGUGGAUAUCCACGACCAAUGGUCGCCUCUGUACCACAAGGUUUAAAUAUCGCCAGUGUGGUGGUGGUGGUGGUGGUGAUAUUGGAGAUGGUUACUCCUCGACUCUGCCGACUGAUCCAAUGCUGUUGCCUAGAGAUGAAUCAUCGCAUUACACUGAAAUAGUUGGUUUUAUGCAACCGAAAGCUUAUGCAUCUCAGUUGGUUCUUCAACAGCAACAAGAAGCCACACAGGCGCUGUUAGCUAUGCAACAGAAUAAACCUCGUGUAUUUGUUUGAUGCAUUCAUUGGAUUGAUUGAUAAUCAGAUGGUAGUUCCUAUCCUUUGUCUGUCAGUGAGUUAGUCAGUAUCUAUGCACUAUCUUGCUGUUAGGGUAUUUAUUUACUGCUGCACUGCAAACCACAUACAUUCCUGUAAUAAUCUUUUUUUUUCUUCGAAUUUCUUUCUAUCUGCCUAUAUCUCCCUUUAACACUUUUAUGUGAUAUAUCGCUUAAAUUGAAGUUGUUUCGUGCAAUCCUUUGAAGGCUAUUUCUUCUUUUGUUUUUAUACUUUAUCAAAACCAAUUAAUAAACGUGUAUUAUAUAUAUAUAUAUAUAUAUAUA